AUGGCGUCUAGAAGAAGAAUGCUUCUCGAGAUCAUGAUCGUCAGAGAUCGAGAAGUGGAAUCGACACCCGGGCUUGCUGAAUCCAAGGGAAAUUCAGUUGAUUUAGGUUUGGAAUCUGAGAAGCCUAUAGGCUGCUACAGUUCUUCAGUGCAGUUUGAGACUAACCAGGAAGUUGAUCUUAAACUAACUGUUGUAAGGGCCUAUGCAAAACAGCUCUUCACUGCUCUAAAACAUCUUAGAAACUAUGGCGUCCUUCAUACCGACAUUAAGCCAGAUAACAUACACUCCAAUUCAUAUGAUCUUAAGGUAAACGAUGCGAAAAAUGUUCUGAAGCUUUGUGACUUUGGAAAUGCUAUGUUUGCCGAGAAAAAUGAGAUCACACCGUACCUUGUGAGCCGCUUUUAUCGUGCCCCUGAAAUAAUUCUAGGUUUGACUUAUAACAACAUAGAUCAUCCUGUUGAUAUGUGGUCCAUUGGUUGCUGUUUGUUUGAGCUUUAUAAUGGGAAGGUUUUAUUCCCUGGUGCUACAAACAACGAUAUACUUCASCUUCGCAUGGAACUGAAAGGUCCUUUUGCAAAAAAGAUGCUGCGAAAGACAAUGGCUGCCAAGAAUAUGAACUUUUCACUCGAAGACGUGACCUUCAAGGCAAACAACCAUGUUGCCUUAUUGGACAUCCCUUCAAACAAAUCCUUCUACGAGAAGGCUUCUUCCUUCCUCAAGAUGUCACCAAUCGCCUACGCUCUAACCCAUGAACCUGUCAUGAUGAAAGAAGCUCUUUAG